GUGAAAGAUGGCCACAUACCACCCCGCAAGCGUCACUACUGCUCUACUUGUCAUCAAUAAAUCUACCGACAUUAACAAGCACUAAGACCUUGAGAACGGGGCUCAGUGGGCUCUUUUGGGCUGUUCCUCCGAAAGGGAUAUCCACUACCUGUACAUUUUUCAUGCCAUUUACUGGCUGUGCUGGAUAGCGCAGGCAUAUCAUCACUUCUUGUCCUCGUUAUAUCCUGGAACUCCGAGGUGGAUGGAUCCGCUCGUUGUGCCGAAUUUCCUAAACCUAUAUCUAUCCCCGAAUCCUCUCUUCUGUCUUACCCCAGAUUGUUUUCCUGUCCCUCCCUUUUUUGACCACACUCUGCCCCAUAGCCCGGAUAGCUUGUUGACCUAACUGCGUGGGUUGCAGAUAUAUACACUAGGCUUGUAUCUAUUCUUUCAUUUUGCUCAUAACAUCUGUUUAUAUAGACAAUCAUGUCCAAAACAUUCUCCAAAGACGAUGUGGCGUCGCAUAACAAGCCAGACAACCUCUGGGUUAUCAUCGAUGAAGAUGUCUAUGACUUGACCAAGUUCCAGGACGAUCACCCUGGUGGAAAGAAGAUUCUCUCGCGAGUGGCGGGCAAGGAUGCUUCCAAACAAUUUUGGAAAUAUCACAACGAGGGGAUCCUGAAGAAGUACAAGGGCCAGCUGCAGAUUGGUUCUCUAGAUUCUAAGAAGGCUGCUCCUGCACCUACUCCUGCUAAGAAGGAGGCGCCCCGGCCUCAAGCUGCAGCUCCGGUUGAUGUUGCUGCUGCGAAGUCUGACGAGCCCCUGGAGCCUUACGGUGAAUUGGUUCCCUUCGCGGACCCUUCAUGGUACCAAGGUUAUCACUCGCCCUACUUUAACCAAACUCACGCAGCCCUACGCGCAGAAGUCAGACAAUGGGUGGAGACCGAGAUUGAGCCCUACGUUACCGAAUGGGAUGAGGCCAAGCAGGUGCCCGACAACAUUUACAAGCAGAUGGGCGAGAGAGGAUACCUUGCUGGUCUGUUGGGGACCAAGUACCCCGCCCAACACACUCGCAAUAGGGUCCAGUCGGUUGCGCCUGAGAAUUGGGAUCUCUUCCACGAGAUGCUGCUCACCGACGAAUUGUCCCGCGCUGGCAGUGGUGGUCUGGUUUGGAACUUGAUUGGUGGCUUCGGUAUCGGUUGCCCGCCUCUGGUCAAGUUCGGCAAGAAGCCUCUGGUUGACAGAAUCCUGCCCGGUAUUCUGGCCGGCGACAAGCGCAUCUGUCUCGCCAUCACCGAGCCGGAUGCGGGCAGUGAUGUUGCCAACUUGACAUGCGAAGCCAAGCUGUCUCCUGAUGGCAAGCACUAUAUUGUCAAUGGUGAGAAGAAGUGGAUUACCAAUGGUAUUUGGUCUGAUUACUUCACCACUGCUGUUCGUACCGGCGGGCCCGGCAUGAACGGCAUCAGUGUCCUCUUGAUUGAGAGAGAGGCGGGUGGAGUCAGUACCAGACGCAUGGAUUGCCAGGGUGUGUGGAGCAGUGGCACUACCUAUGUUACCUUCGAGGACGUCAAGGUGCCUGUGGAGAACCUGAUCGGCAAAGAGAACCAGGGCUUCAAGGUUAUCAUGACCAACUUCAACCACGAGAGAAUUGGUAUCGUCAUUCAGUGUGUCCGGUUCGCUCGUGUAUGCUACGAAGAAGCCAUGAAGUACGCCCACAAGCGUAGAACCUUCGGCAAGAAGCUCAUUGACCACCCUGUCAUUCGGAUGAAGCUGGCGCACAUGGCUCGCCAGAUCGAAGCAACAUACAACUGGCUAGAGAACAUCAUUUAUCAGUGCCAGUCGAUGGAGGAGACCGAAGCGAUGCUCAAGCUGGGUGGUGCCAUUGCCGGUCUCAAGGCUCAGGCAACUACCACUUUCGAAUUCUGCGCCCGUGAGGCGAGUCAGAUCUUCGGAGGCCUCAGCUACAGCCGCGGAGGCCAGGGUGGCAAGGUUGAGCGCUUGUAUCGUGAUGUUCGUGCCUAUGCUAUCCCCGGUGGCAGCGAGGAAAUCAUGUUGGACCUCAGCGUUCGCCAGAGCUUGCGGGUGCACCAGAUGUUUGGCAUGAAGCUGUAGUUCUUGGAUAUGAGAUUGCAAAAACACAUAGAUAUCCACUUUUUGUUCUAGCUCCGUUUGUUUCCAGUAGCGGAUUGCCUCUGAUUCGCAUUCCAUUUGGUGUGUCUGUACAUAUGGGAAUAUCAAUUGAUUCUACCUUUCCAGACCAUGUCUGAGGAAGUACUCAUGAACU